GCAUGUGGAGUGAAUGUCUCUUUCACACCGAGCAUCGACUCUGUGACGAAGGGGAGGGGGACGUCACGCAAAGGAAGAGCCAAUCAGAUAUUAGCUGUUUGGAUUUAUGCCAGGGUCUUUAGGGCUUGUAAGACUUUAGUACAAGAGGUAAAAGCCAGUUUUUUCUUUUGCCCUCCCCAAAAAAAAAAAAAAAAAACACGGAAGAGAGGAAGCGAGCCGAGACGAGAUGCCUUAUACACCGUCUGGCUUUUUCUGCGACCGGUUGAUCCGGGAACGAGAGCGGAGGGACGGGGAAGGGUCCCUGAACAAGCCCCUGCGCUUCAACGGCCAGGACUACAACACCCUGAGACAGGAGUGCAUUCAGAGGAAGAGCCUGUUCGAGGAUGACUCUUUCCCGGCCACCGUCGAGUCUCUGGGCUUCAAGGAGCUCGGGCACAAGUCCAACAAGGUCAAGAACAUCGUCUGGAAGCGGCCUAAGGAAAUCUGUGAGAAUCCCCAGUUCAUCGUCGGAGGAGCCAGCAGGACCGACAUCUGCCAGGGAGAUCUCGGUGACUGCUGGCUGCUGGCUGCUAUUGCCUGUCUCACCCUGAAUGAGAAGCUUCUCUAUCGAGUGGUUCCCCACGAGCAAAGCUACUCAGACAGCUAUGCCGGCAUCUUCCACUUCCAGUUCUGGCGUUACGGCGACUGGGUCGACGUCGUCAUUGACGACCGCAUCCCGACUUUCAACAACCAGCUGGUCUUCACCAAGUCCGCCGAGAGGAACGAGUUCUGGAGCGCCCUGCUGGAGAAGGCCUACGCCAAGCUGCACGGCUCCUACGAGGCCCUGAAGGGUGGAAACACCACGGAGGCCAUGGAGGACUUCACCGGUGGAGUCACCGAGUUCUACGAGAUGAAGGAGGCUCCUAAAGAGCUCUACAAGAUCAUGAAGAAAGCUCUGGAGAGGGGCUCGCUCAUGGGCUGCUCCAUCGACUCCCUGGUUCCUGCUCGCUUCGAGACUCGUACCGUGACGGGUCUUGUGAAAGGUCACGCCUAUUCUGUGACGGCCGUGGACGAGUGUAAACCGUCCCAGCACAAAGACUCUAAAGUUCGCCUGGUGCGUCUCAGAAACCCGUGGGGUCAGGUGGAAUGGAACGGCCCCUGGAGCGACAACUCCAAGGAGUGGGCCACGCUCUCCAAGGCCGAUAAAGACAAGCUGCAGCACCAGAGCGCCGAGGACGGAGAGUUCUGGAUGUCGUUCGAGGACUUCAAGAAGAACUACACCAAGAUCGAGAUCUGCAACCUCACCCCCGACGCCCUGGAGGACGAUAAGAUCCACAAGUGGACGGUUUCCGUGAACGAGGGCCGCUGGGUGAGAGGCUGCUCGGCCGGAGGCUGCAGGAACUACCCAGAUACUUUCUGGACCAACCCUCAGUACCGCCUCCGUCUGCUGGAGGAGGACGACGACCCCGAGGACAACGAGGUGGUCUGCACCUUCGUGGUGGCGCUGAUGCAGAAGAACAGGCGGAAAGAGCGCAAGAUGGGGGCCAACCUCUUCACCAUCGGAUUCGCCAUUUACGAGGUGCCAAAGGAGAUGCACGGAAACAAGCAGCACAUGCAGAAGGACUUCUUCCUCUUCAACGCCUCCAAGGCUCGCUGCAAGUCCUACAUCAACCUGCGCGAGGUGACCCAGCGCUUCCGCCUCAGCCCCGGCGAGUACGUCAUCGUUCCCUCCACGUACGAGCCGCACCAGGAGGGAGAGUUCAUCCUGCGAGUCUUCUCCGAAAAGAGGAACACCUCAGAGGAGAUAGAGAACAGGAUCGAGGCCGACCAUCCAGUGCCGGCCCCGGCCUCGGCAGGAGAGGAGAGCGAGGAGGACCAGCAGUUCCGGACUAUUUUUCAGGAAAUAGCCGGCGACGUGAGUGAAAUGGAAAUCUCAGCCAACGAACUAAAAAACGUUCUUAACAGAGUGAUCACCAAACAUAAGGACCUGAACACCGAGGGCUUCAGCCUGGAGAGCUGCAGGAGCAUGAUAGCUCUGAUGGACGUAUCCUUUAUGGACGGGACGGGCAGACUGAACCUUCAGGAGUUCAGACAUCUGUGGAAUAAGAUCAAACAGUGGCAGGGAAUAUUUAAACACUACAACGCCGACCAGUCCGGUACCAUCAACAGCUACGAGAUGAGGAACGCUGUCAACGAUGCAGGCUUCCGUCUCAACAACCAGCUGUACGACAUCAUCUCCAUGCGCUACGCCAACGAGAGCAUGAACAUCGACUUCGACAGCUUCAUCAGCUGUCUGGUUCGGCUCGAGGCCAUGUUCAGGGCGUUCCAGGCCUUUGAUCAGGACGGAGAUGGCACCAUCAGACUCAGUGUCCUGGAGUGGCUCCAGUUGACCAUGUACGCCUAGAGAGGCCCAUCUCCUCCCAUGUGAGGACCAGACCUGCCAGCCUUUACCUCAGUAUUCAGUGUGCCCGACCGCCGUUCGCUUUCAUCCACCUCCAGCCUCACCCUCCCCUGAGUCCAGGCCCCGCUCUGCUCUGCUUUUCCUCUUCCUCUUCCUCUUCCUCUUCUCGGUUUCCAUUUCUCUCCAUCGACAGUAGAUCUCAGGCAUUUCCUUCUCCACCUUUCGUCCUCACAUACCUCCGGUCUCUUUUCAGUCAUGGGUUUUGUUUUGACUCUUAUUUUACCGAAACACUCUCAGGCAGCAAACACACACAACCUCUCUUAUUUUAUUUUAUUUUGUCACAAUACCUCACAGCGACUCAACUCAACACAUUUCUGUUCUCCUCCUUUAAACCACUCCUCAUCUUCUGUCAUCGGGCCGAGCAGCAGGGGCCUUUCUUCCUCUUUUACAUCUCUGAAAGCUAGUUACAGGAAGGACGUAGCUACACUUAUUUUUGUCAAUAAAACAAUCCUCCUGGUUUCACUGUGCUGCCGAGCCGUGUCGAGCGCCACCAGACAGCGCCCCCUAGUGGACAAACUCAGGCUUCUUCUGUCCAUCUCCAUCAACUGUGUCCAGUCCGCCAGUCUCUCACGAAGAUGAGUCUCACGAACGAAACCGCGGAGCCGACGAGUUUUUUCGUCUUAUUUAUUUUCCACAACACAGACACUCGAGGUUCAAAUAUGGAUUAGAAAGAAUAUGGCUAAUGGGUUGGACUGCAGCUUUUAUUUUUCUUUCUAUUAAGGCUUUGGUCGAAUGAGUGUAAUGCAUUUUUAACCAAAUAAAUGAAUGUGUAGUUAUCGGUUUGACUGCUUUCUGUUGUUUUUAAGACAAACAUGACAAACAUUUUUGGAGUUGCAAACAUUUUCUUUUAUUUAUAACUUUUAUUUAAGAUUGCACUUAUAAAACAUCUCUUCAGAACGUUGAUAACAACUGAAAAACGUGAAGAAACUCAGGAAUGCUGGGUGUGAGGCGACCUGCACGGCUUUCCCUCCGUCGUAAAUAGCGAGUCAGUGAGGAGAAGUGGCGGCUCUGAGAUUAACUCGGCUAAGAACAAACGCAACAAGCAGCUCUUUGAGCUUCCAGCAGAGCAUCAGCUGGGCUUUUACGCAGAUUAAAAAGUGGGUGAAAUAUUCCUUAAAAAAA